AUUUCUGAGUACGUUAUGGUAUACUAUCUUUCAAAAUUGUGCUAGAGGUAUUCAGACAUACUCUGAACUUUCAUCGAAAUCUCAAAACCAGGAAACAAUCAAAAUGAAAUUUGUAAUGAGCAAUUCAGAUUGAUAUAGAAAUCACCAGUACUGUAUUUAUUUGAGGAUGCAUACAUGUAUAUAUGCUACAUGUACUUUAAAAUCAGAGUUUCCUAUCUGGAGGUAGUAAAUGCACGCGGAAAGAAAAAUGCAACAACUUCUCGUAUAAUAUUAAGUAGAAGCAGUAUGAAGAAUGACAUAUUUUAGUAUCUGUCUGUUUUUUGUUUUAUUUUUGCCUAAAGCUGCAUGUUUAAAGUUCAAAGGUGGAGAUUUCAUUUUAUUGGACGGUGAACCAGAGAAUUUGUUGUAUGAAAAUACAUUUGUGCACGAAUGGCUUUUAUGCAGGGUGAACACCAGUGUUAUUAGCCCUUAUGAGUAUACAAAAAAAGGAUACAUCAAUGAAAACUGUUCCAACAAAAACUGGGACAACAAACAUUCUUAUUUAAAAUAUGCUUGGUUUUAUGCUGGUGUUCCUGACACAGAGAUUCCAACCUGUGAUCCCUUGGCAGCUGCAGAAAGUUAUUUAUGGAACUGUGAGAAAAACUUACUACCAAAUGAAGUAACCCCAUACAGGAAUUGCACACCAGUGUGUAAUGAGGGAUAUACCUUACUACACAAUGUCACGGCUAGAUGUAGUGUCAAUUUAACAUGGACUUGGUUUGGAGAUAAAGAUGUACAGUUUUGUGAAAAGACAAAUUUCUCUGCAGUGAGCAGAAUAACAAAACCAGUAAUUGUGGGACCAGUAAAUCAGACAGUCCAAACAGGGAGUGAUGCUAGGUUUGAGUGUAUAGAAAUAACAAAAGGCCCACAGCACCAUACACAGUGGUUGCAACACUAUAAAGUCAAUGGUUCUUAUAGAGAUCAAAAAGGGCAGCCAUAUGUCAAAAUUAUACAGCAAUCCAUGGUGAAUUUGAGUCAACAAGAUAUACUGAUAAUAAAGAAUGUAACGAAAGAUAAUGCUGGAUGGUACACUUGUGUGGUUUCUAAUCAACUUGGUAGAGAUUAUCAGAGUGCUUGGCUAGCAGUUAUAGAUAGACAUCCAAGCACUACAACAUCAGACAGAUUUUCAAGUGCCACAACCUCAGAAGGACCUUCAAACACAGCUUCCACAGUAUCAGCGUCAUCUAAUGAAACAGUUUGGACUGUAUUAGACUUAACAGCCAGUCAUAUAAAUGAAACAACUUUGGAAUUGACAUGGAAGGUAUCCAUAUCACCUGCAGGAAGUCAUCAUUAUCCCAUUAAUUACACAAUAUUUUACAACAUACUAGGGGAGCUAACUCAUAAUGUAACCUUGAAAGGUUAUAUGCUGAACACUACAAUAUCUGAGUUGGAGCCAGAUUCAAAAUACUUCUUUAAACUGUGUGCUAAAGGAUCUAAUGAACAACAUGAGAUUUGUGCAAACACAACCGUACAAACUAAAGGGGUAUUAGUUAAACAUCAUCCAGCAGGAGUUAAUUACAGUGUGAUUUUCAUUGUUGCUGGAUGUUGUGUGUUGGUGUUGGCACUCUCUAUUGUAAUCAUAAUUGGUAUAUUCCAUGUAUGUAAAAAGGAAAAAUAUUCACCAUCUUAUAGUCAAAGCAGUAAUGAUUAUCGUCUAGUUGAACAAGGAAGUUCUAAUACACAGGAUUCACCUUCCCAGUCUACAUCUGGAGGAGCAAAUUGUUUCUGCUUUAGGAAUAAAUGUCUCCAACUUCAUGAACAUGCAGAAUCAUCAUUUUCUGAGGAAAAUAGUUCAUCAACCAAAAGUGACAGUCCUGAUUGUCCUAAAAAGGUUCAGACAAAUAAAACUACUAAAAUAAGUGAGUCUGGAGAUAAGCUUAUUGCACAAGAUGAGAAAGAAGCUAAAAAUAAUAAUGUUCAGAAAAGACACAACAGUUGUGCAGAAAGUUUAUCGUCCAAUGAAAGUAGCGUUACCAAAAAUAACUAUCAAAUACGGAAACAAAAGGUAGAUUCAGUGAUAAUUAAGUGUGAAGAGGAGCUGAAAUGUGGGGAAAGUAAUGUAGUACAUACAGACUUUGAAAAUCAAAGUAAUUCCUCAGCUGAUGAAAUACAAAUAAGUAUAGAAUCAUCUGAAAAUUCAACAAUGAAGACGGUAGAAGAACUGCAGGUUUCAUUUAAUGAAGCUGGAGAAAAAGUAGCGUUGUUGAAUGCAUGUCAAUCAGACACUAAAAUUUCUGAGAAAGACUUAAAAACAGAUGAGAGUUUGGAAUUUAUAGAGGGUAGAAGAACAGAGCCCUAUCAUCAACUUGAUCCUAUUGAUCUUGAUUAUGCACCUUCACUGAGAAUGCAUAGUGACUUUUCAGAUAGGCCAAAUGAUAAAACAGGCCACUUAUCAGGGUUAUCUUCUAAUUUUAACCUUAAUAGAAAUGAUGCUCACAAAACAAGUCACAGUAAAGAUCUAAAUGUAGAUGACUUGCAUGCAUUGGAUCUGCCACCUGGACUUCAUUCGGCACAACCAUAUGCUGCUGCACAAUUUCAGCCCCCUGUAGUGAAUGAAAAUUUUCCAUUUACACCAAAACCUGAUUCUUAUGAUUUUAACGGGUCUGAAUCAUUACAGCCUAAUCACACAUCACAUUCAUCGAAAAAGCCUCAUAGAACAAGCAGUAGUGAACGUAAAAUAUCCACUGUUGGUCAUGUUAAUUUAAACCACAACAUUUCUUCUUCCAAUAGAGGAGUUUCAUCAUGUGACGUUGAUGCAAUGAACAAUCAAAUUUCGGAACCAACAGUCCCUGUGGUAUCUUCUGCUUCUUGUAUACAAGGAGCAAAAAUAAACAAUGAAGCUUCCCAAUACCAAACCACAGAAGACGAUCAUGUGAGGGACAUAAUGCAAAAUGAAACCAUUGAUUAUAGACUUUUUGAACCAACAUUAACCCUGCCAAAUACUCAGCAUAUUGGGGAUGAAAAUGAUAUUAGCCAUUUAAGUACUUCAAAUAGAGACAAUGAAGACAUUUUAACUGACAGGUCACAAAGAGAUGAUUCAUUACAUACAGGAUUGCUUCAUACCUGCAUAUCAAGUUCUAAUACAACUGAUAAUGCAGAGAAAGUUUUAAAUUUAUGUACAACAUCAGUAAGUGGAGCAAUGAACUGUCUAAAGCCAGCUUUUUUCAAGGAUCUUGGAUACUUUCUGGACCCACAUAGUAAUUAUGGUAAUGAAAAGUCAUGGUAUGGGUUAACAUUGGCUGUUUUAGGUUUACCAGAAGAAAAGGUGAAAAGUAUUAGUCACCAUACUAAAGGAAAUCCAGAGGUCGGUCACUUUCUAGCUACAUUAGAGUAUUAUGUUGCAGAGGAGAAACAUCUCAGUGACAUUGUCCAGUAUUUUAUUCAGCCACAUUCUUUAAGAAUGGAUGUUAUACAGUACUUUAAAAAACACCACAAAGACUGUGCUGUGUGUAAUACAUUAUACCUGACAGUCCCACAUGGAAGGGAUAUUUCAAAUUCAACUGAAGAUGUUAGAAAAGUGAGUGCUUCUCACCAUAAAGGAAGUUAAAGAUUUUUAGUUGUCACUUGUAAGAACAGGGGUGGAUCAGCCAUUUUCAAAAGGGGGUUCCCAACCCAAGAUAAAGAGGGGGGUUACAACAGUUUGUCCCCAUUCAAAUGCAUUGAUCGUAAAAAAAAAGCAGGGGUUCCUAAUCCCCGUAACCCAGCUGCUGGAUCCUUAACUGAAGAAUCUCAUUAUUGAGCUAUAUUUAUACUGUCAUUUUGUUAAUUACAUUGUUAGAUCUUCAUAUAUUUCAUUGAUAUUUAUUUAUUUUAACUUUCCUUUUAUAAAUAUAUAACAUUUUAAUUUAAAAAGAAUUUUGGUAGAAAUCUCAGAAAAAAUAUAAAUUCAUAUUUAAAAGAAGAAGUAUAACUGUUUCAUGUUCAUGUAUUUAUAUUAGUUCUGUUAAUUCAGAAAUAGCUGUGUGCAUUUUUUUUUACAAAUUCUUGACCGCUGUCAAAAAUGUGAAAUUAAAUUAAUGCAAUUACAAAAAUUUUAUAAAGAAAAAUAGACUGAAGUUAUGCUUGUUAUGCAUGCUAGUCUUGAGCUUAGUAUUGUGAAAGAUGAUACUGUCACAUCAUCCAUAUUAAUAAGAACAUCACAAUAAUUUCUGAAUUUACAGAACUGGUUUUUCUUGAGUAUUCAUUGGAUACUAAUAUUUGUCUAGCUUGACCGAGUCAAAAAGUGAGACAUAGGUGUGCUGUUUUAGGUUUAAGUGAAGGCUGUGACAGCGGCAUCAACAGUGUAUUAGUUUGUGAUUAGGUCUAGUUAAAGGUGAACCAUUAGUGGUAGGUCAAAGAUAUUUGGUAUGCAGAUGUAUUAGUACAGUACUGGCACAACUCAUUACCAUGGAGAUAAUUUGGUCCCGCCCCCUCCGUUAUGCAUGGUCUAUUGACUUUAAAAUAUUGCUUAUUUUUCAUGUAUAAGUUUGUAAUUAGGUCAGUUUAUGAGGAACCACUAGUGGUAAGUUAAUGAUAAUUGGUAUGCAGUUGUAUAAGCAUUGGCAUAUCUCAUUUCCAUGGAGAUUAUUUGGCUAUGCCUCCUCAAUUAUGGUUUAUCGACUUUGAAAUUUUGCUUAAUUUACAUGUAUUAGUUAAUUUUGUGUUUUAAAUUUGUUAAAAAGGAACUACUUAUGAUAAGUAAAUCAUAUUUUUAGCCAUGUACCUCAUUAUCCAAAUGACUAAAAAGGGAGACAUAUAUCUCUGUGAUUACAGUUUAUUUUAAGCCUGUUUAUAAUGUACUAUGGUAUACUAUUGUCUGUCCUUCAACAUGUUAGACAAUAACUCAGAAAUGCUAACCCAAAUUUAAUGAAACUGAUGUGAAUUGUUUAUACAUGUAUCUAUUUAUUUAAGAUCUUUGUGAUUUAUUUAUAAAUUUAUAGAUUUAAAGCUUUUGAGUUGUGAGAUGUUAUUCAUAAAAUAAGGGGGAUUUUCAAGAUUUUCUGGCAUUUGUCAGUUUUUAUAAAACUUUGUUGACUGGUUUAUUUCUAUUAGAAUAAUCCCCCCUUAGAUUAAAAACGAUGUUAUUCAACAUUAAGGAGUAUUGAAACUUUAUUUUUUAAAAAGGCAUAUCAUGUGCUUGUGGCACAGCUUUUUAUUGUAGAUUUCACAGUUACACAAAUUUAGAUGUUAAACAAACUACAUAUUUUCUAUAUGGAAAUUUGUAAAAUUUGGCAAAAACACUAUAUCAAAAAUCCACAAAAAAUUGAUCUUCACAAAAAAAUUGUAAAUCGCCUAUGAUUUUUUGUCAGAUCAUAAUCCUGUAGAAGGUGAAACAUUUUGACAUUUGUAUCUGAGAGAACCCAUAACAGUUUCCUAUGAAUUUUUACCUUUUCAUGGAGAGUAUAUAAUAUAUUUUGAUAUUGAUGUCAUUGAGUAAUGGUUUAUAUUUUUUAAAAUGAAAUUUAUAGAAAUUGCUAUCAGAUCUUAAAAUCCUGUAACAUCAGACUUCAUAAAGUUUUUAUGCAUGGAUAUUUUAAAUGAUCUUGCUAGUGCAAUAUAUAUUUUAUAUGAGAUAAUAUUCACUUAUUUUUGUGCAAAAACACUUUCAUUGUCAUGUAUAUAGCAAAGAUAGAAAAAAACAUAUGGUUGGAUUGCAGCAGGUUGAAGCAUUUAUAUGUAAAUAUUUUUAUAUAUUAUUUGCACUUUUUAGAUCUUUACUAACAAUUGUGUUAUGAUGUUUUUACGAAAUGAUAAAAAUAUUUCCUGUGUGUGAAAUCUUGUUUAUAUUUGCAGAAUUUUGAUACCGUUUAAGUUUGUUUUAAUUGCAUGGAAUAUAGUUAGACUUUUCUUAGGCCAUGUUCACAUUGACAUAAAUUCAGUUUUGAGUUAGUGUAACUCACAUGUAAACUAAACACAAUACGUUCCCCUUGAUAAAACUCAAUGUUUACAUGUAGUUUAAAUCAUGUUUUGUCUACAUGCAGUCGAUAGUCAAUGUAGGCCUUGUGUGGUUUUAGUGUACACAAAACUAUGCAUUUAUAACAUCAAUUUUACCAUGUAUAUUGAAGGAAGAAACAAUUUUUGAAUGAAGUUGAUAUAAUUUCAACAGUUAUGAAGAAAGUUUUUUACAGAUAUAUUUGUCUAAACUUGAUAUAUUUAUAUGUUAUAAAAAAAACUUUCUGUAGCUUCAUUAACCCCUUAUUGUGAUUCAAACCAUCAUCAUUGCCGAACACAUAACUCAUUUGAAAAGAUCCUGGAAUCGACUGGACGGUCACAGAAAUAUUUGCCACUGGGGUUUACUCAAACAGCAAUUCACUCAUAAAUGCAUCUCUUAAAGGUGUGGGGUAAAGUGUAUUGUUUUUCUCAGAUCCGUUAAAAUACACCUAGAAAUAAUACACCUAGAAAUAAAAAGGCAUGACCCCUCCCUUUGACAAAUACUCUUUGGAGAAUAAAUACCAUUUGAAACAAACAGUAAAGAUAGAAAUAAAUGUAGUGAUCCUAUGCAGCCUAUGUUUUUCUUGUGCAUAAUCCAGAAACCUUCAGUAUUUUUAACUAAUGCAAAUUAUCAACAUAGUUUUCAUAAAGGAACAACCACUCAACUUCUAAGGGGGAGGGGGUACAUGUGUUUUUCUGAUUCAGAAUUUCUUUUCUCAAAUGUUUUUAUUAAUUUUUUUUCGAUGCUAGCAAUCAAAUAUUUUUUUUUCAAUAUUUAACACUAUAAUGAAUGGGGAAACUCUUUAUUCAGAAUAUUUAUUUUUAUCAUCUGUAUGACUAAAAUAUUUUCUUUUUAUCAAAUUGCAUCAUGUGCAUGGGGAUCAGAAUAUUUUUCAAGGAAAAAUCAAUACCCCCCUUUUUUAAGUCAAAUUGUCGUUCCCUGAGUGACUGCUAGAAAAGUUGUUAGAAAUUUUUCAUUGGGUUCAAACUUCUAUGUAAUGAACAUUUAAAUGACAUAUAGUGUGAACAAAUUGUAUGUACAGGUAAUUAAACAAGGUGUAUAGAUGUGAACAUAUUAAACUAAUAGUAAACAUGUUUACUGUACAUGGUGUUUGGUGUGAACACGGCCUUACUGUUAGAACUAUAAAUGCUUAUAAUAUUUUUUUAUUAUUUCAAUGCUUUUAAAGAUUAAAUACAUGUUAUAAUUAUGUAUUAGACAUUGUCUUUGAGAUUACUGAAUUGCAAUUAAUAGAAGAGAGUAAAUCAUUUUUUGCUAUCCUUAGCUUGUUGGAAAAUAUGUUUUUAUAUUUAUCAAAUUAAAUCUUACAUUAAUGUGAUAAAGUUCUGUGAUAGAGUGAUACUGACUUUGUAGAAAGAUUGAAAAUAAUAGGAAAUUUAUUUGAAAUAAAAAUUCCUUAUGUAUAUUUUCAGAGAGUAUGGUGCUAAAAAACCCAGAUGUAUGCGUUUGUAUUGUAAUUACAAUUCUUUAUAAGUUUGAAUCAUAAAUUUGUAUACAUAAAGUACAUGUAUUGUGUAUAUUGAAAUAAUUUUUAAACCAACAUGUUUAAUUUUAAAAAAGCAAUAAUUUGUUAGGCAUUUGAAACAUUUCCCUUUUGAAGCAUGUUAAAAGUACAAAGUUUAUUUAUAUAUAACAAUGGUCAGUAUGCUUAGUAAGUGUAUAAAACAAGUUGAAACACUUUGUUAUAGGUUAUUGUUAAUAGUUGUUUUCACAGUACAUUUGUUGCUGUUAAUGUUAAGGUAUUAAGAAUGUACUUAGGUGUAAUAAAAAAAACAAGAACUCAGAAGAGCAUGAGUUAAGGAUAAGAUAUUUGAUUUUUAUUUGAAAUGGCGAAAAGGGCCAACUCAACCUUUAACCUUAUAUUUGCAUUGUUGUCUACAAUUAUUUGGGUCUCAAUUUCGCAAGAAAGGAAAAUUGUAUCUGCUUGUGAAGGAGUAAACAAUAAAAAGAUGAUAAUACUAAAGAUUACAAAAUAAGAUAUUUUUAUGUUGUUUGGAUGCUGUUUCUUUGCAUUAUAAUUAUUACUAAAAACAUUUAACCAAAAAGAGUCAAUAGAAUCUCUUUUCUCUGUGAGAUUUGAUAUUAUUUAAAGAUGAAUACUACAGUUUAUAAUAGUGGGAAUACAUCUGGUGCUGCUGUAGAAGGGGACUUAAGGUUUGCACUCUGUCUGUCUGUCCAUCUGUCAGUUCGGCACAUCAAUUUUUCAUAUUGAUCUGAUAUUAAGUAUACUGUUUUAUCAUGACAAGUUACAGAUCACUUUCGAAUUUUGUUGUGGUUUAAUGAUUUUGUGCAGAGUUAUGGUCCUUGGCCUUUAAACUUCCAUCCUUUUUCAUCAUGCUUGAGUAUAUUAACUUUUGUUAUUCUAUAGUUCAUACCAAGACAAAUUAUAGCUCAAGCUAGCAUUUUGUUUCAGUACAAUGCAUUUGUAACCAGUAGGGGACUUUGUAUCCAAUCAAAGGAACUAUUUCUAAUAAAUGCACAUUUUUUUAAGUAUUUAAUUUUUUAGCCUGUAUCUUUACCAUUUAAAUUCAUGAAAAGUAGUCCCUUAUGGAUAUUCAUUUUGUAUGAUUAAUUUGAUAGAUUGUGAUAUUUAUUUGUUGAUAUAAGAGCAAUAUUAUUUUUUACAUGCAUAUUUUAUAAUGUGUUCAAUAUAUUGUGUGUUUAAUAUCAGAGAUAUUCUUAUUUUCUUUAAGUAAGAGUUUAAAAUAUCAUGCAUCUAUUUCUUUACAUAUGCAAUGAAACCUGUUUCAACUUAACCCUUUUGAUAUUGAAGACUUUGUUAUUAUAAAAUAUUACUGUUUAAAUGAAAUAUCAAAUUUG